CCUUCUUUCUUCCUUCCCUCUUUCCUUCCUUCCUUCUUUCAUUCUUUCUUCUUUCCUUUCUUUCUCCCUUCUUUCUCCCCUUCCCCCUCCUUCUUUCCCUCCUUCUUCUUUCUCUCCUUUCUUUCAUUCUUUAUUUUCUUUCUUUUUCUCUCCCUUCUUUCUUUCUUCCCUCUUUCCUUCCUUCUUUCAUUCUUUCUUCUUUCCUUUCUUUCUCCCUUCUUUCUUCCCUUCUCCCUCCUUUCCUUUCUUCUUUCCUUCCUUCUUUCUCUCCUUUCUUUCUUUUUUUAUUUCCUUUCUUUUUCUCUCCCUUCUUUCUUCCUUCCCUCUCUCCUUCUUUCUCUCCUUUCUCUUCCUCACCAAUUACCCUCCUCUCCCUUUCCAUUCUUUUAGGAGGUAACAUAAUGUAGUGGUGAACUUAGUGUAUUUGAAGUCUGAAAACCAGAGGCUUUGCCACAUGCGAUGCUUGUAUGAUAGGGGGUCACGUGCCUCUUUGAAUAUGAUAGCCCUACUAGCUUCCAAUCUGUCUUCCCAUGAUGCCCUAUAAUCCAGCAGAGUCACCCCCCCCCAUCCCCAUAAUCCCACCCUACUAUUCUCACCUUGGGUAUAGAGUCAUCCUAGAAGGAUUUAGAUGCCCGCAGGCCCAGCUGACACUAUGCCAGCCCCAGGGUCCGAAAACCAGUGGUAAUGAGGCUCUCUAACAGCCAGAGGGAGGAGCAGGUGGUGGUAGAGGGACAGGUGGUAGCCAUGAACGGGAAGACAUGCUUCGCAGUACAGCUCCCAGUUACUCCACUGAGGCUCCUUAAUUCUGGGCACCGAGUACAAGGCUUCUGAUGAGGGGAAGGCAACGCUCCCCGCCCCCCUCCAAGCUCCACUAGGGCGCUCUCCCAGUGUAACUCACUUCCAUUUCCCAUCACAGCCUGUAGGAACUGUCCCUCUCCGGGAGGAGAUGGAGAGGAGUGUGAGGGUAAGCGGAAGGCAGUUCCUUACAGGCGGAGAAGAAAGGUCCCCUUCCCCCUCCCCACCCCGGGUGCCACAGAGUGGGCUCGGUGAGUCACUGGGUCACGGGAUUCAGGGCCGAAAGAUCUGGUCUUACUCAUUUAUUCUACAAUUAAGGAAACAAGCCUAAGGAGGAGAAAUGCCUUGUCCACGGCCGUACAGGUUGUAAAGGGCAGCUCUGGAAGCAGACUUCCUUCUCGGGCUGGAGACACGAGAACGGUUACUUACCCAGUUUUAGAACCCCUUCUCGUGGGGUACGCAGAAAAAUCCAGCCUUACCGCCCAACGAUUCCCUCCUCCUGGAGCACGGCGAGGAGAGCAAGAUCAGACCUGACUCCCAGGCUCCUGCCCACUCCCCGUGCUCCUCCCGCCUCCCCGCUCCAUCUCUGUGCACUUUCUGCAUCCUCCCGCGGGAGGAAUUCCUGGAGGAAUAAGGGUCCUUGGGGGCUCUGUGCUCCCGAGGUCCCCUUUCUCUUUACACCUGAGACUGCGGGUCGCCCUUAACCAGACCAGGGCUUUUCCUCCUCCCGGAGCAACUUCUGGGAGGCGGGGCGGGCGCUGGGAGGGACCCCGCCGCUCCCCGCCUCCCUGCCUUCCCCGUGGGCGGCGGGCACCCAGCGCUCCUGGCACAGCCUGGCCCAGAGCGGGGAGCGCGGCGCGCCGAUCGGGCCGUGGCACGGGGCGGCGGCGGACUCGGAGUCAGAAGCCAGAGCCCGCAGAGCAGCAAUCAUGUGUGAGACGGGCACAAUGCCCCCCGAACUGGCCAGCCCAGGGGCCUAUGAUGGUGAGUCGUCGGACACCUAUCUCCAGGUUGAUCGCUGGCAGAGACUACGAACAGCUGUCCGGAGGCUGGAAUUCUGGGAGAACUUUGAUGCAGAACUUAUUGGGAGUGGCUUCUUUUCUCAGGUCUAUAAGGUAACCCAAAGUACGACCUGCAAGGUGAUGGUGGUGAAGAUCUAUAAGAACGAUGUGGACCAACUGGUGAUCCUGAGGGAGAUCAGCUUGCUGCAGAAACUAUCCCACCCGAACAUUGUGAGGUACCUGGGCAUCUGUGUGAGGGAUGAGAAGCUGUAUCCGAUCCUGGAGUAUGUAAAUGGUGGCUGCUUGGAAGAGCUGCUGGCCAGACCUGAAGUGCCUCUGAGCUGGAAGGAGAAGGUGGCUCUGGCUUGUGACAUUACCAGGGGCAUGGUGUACCUCCACUCCAAGAAUAUUUAUCAUCGAGACCUCAACUCCAAGAACUGCCUGAUCCGUGUCUCCCCUCGGGGCCGGGAGGCCCUGGUUACUGAUUUUGGCCUGGCUCGGGAAGUGGUGGAGAUGCCAGCCUCAGACCCUGAGCGGAAGCUGUCCCUGGUGGGCUCUGCCUUCUGGAUGGCCCCUGAGAUGCUCCGGGGGGAGCCGUAUGACCGGAAGGUAGAUGUGUUCUCCUUUGGCAUUGUCCUUUGUGAGAUUCUGGGGCGGAUUCCUGCUGACCCCGAGGUUCUUCCUCGGACUCAGGACUAUGGACUAGAUGUGGAUGCAUUCCAAGGGAUGGUCAGUGAGUGCCCCUCACACAUCCUCGAGUUGGCUGCCAGCUGCUGCCGGCUGGAAGCUUUGAAGCGGCCAUCCUUCACUGAGCUGCUUGAAGAACUGGAGGAGAUGGCUGAGAUGCUGGACUCCCAAACAGCCAGUUAGCUUUUGGGGUGUGAACUUCGGUGCCUGCUCCCACCUGACCCUCCUGUAGGGACACACGAGGCUUCACUACCUGAGCCAUAAGCAGAUCCAGGAGGGGACAGUUCCCUCCUAUAUCCUCCAUGGAUUUGUUUGUGCUUGUGCCUCCGGCUGCUUUCUCAGAAGACUUGGUGACAAAGAGAGUUCAGCAGACAUUACACAGAGAGUUAUUACAGAAAUAACUCAAAUGGGAACAUUUUCUGGAGUCUUUUGAAGCAAAAGACUUAAAGACUUAUUUGUAAUAUAAAUAACCCGAAGUGCUCACAAAAUGGAUGGAAAUGAUCAGAUACCAGAAUUCUACUUUGCCCUGGGGGCUCCAUCCUGGGUACCCUGGAACCCCCCAACUAGUGUGGUAACCAGGUCGACACUCCUUUUGGGGAAGGAGAGGAUGCUAGGUUACAGAUGAAAGUCAGUUAAGGCCAGGAUCUGAAACUGGAGUCUCCAGCCAGCUCCCUUCUAACGCUGGAGAAAUGUCCACCCUGGACCCCAUAUUCACUGAUUGGUGACCUCCUCUUCUGGCCCACUCUUUCAAGAACAGUGUCAGCUGUGCCUCCUUUCCCCCUACUCUGUGCACAGCCCCUCUUGUCCCCUCUCAUGGGAACCCUUUCUUUCUUUUCUUCUCUCUUCCCCACUCUGGAACCAUGAGCCAUGACCAAAUUAACUCUGGCUGUGUUCUUGCUCAGCUGACUGCUCUAAACCCCGCUCUAGCCUUCCCACCUAAGUGACCUUUCCUGGCCACUUCUCUCCUUUGGGUAUCGUUAGAUCUCUGGGACUGUCUUUACUUUUUGUCUUUUUUUCCUCCAUCACUUAAAUGAAUGAAUGAUGGCCAGACAGGUGGGAAGUUAGACAAAUGGCUCCUGAGCAGUAGGGGAAGAGUCCUUGGAUCUGUCUAUUCCUGGGAGGCCCAUUCCCCUGUUGAUCAAAGGCCUGAGGCUACAGGGCCCAAACCUGACCUCUCAGUUCAGCCAGUCAGUGAGGAAGCCAAGAGGGCUGAAAGGAGAAGGAGUUCUAUCUAAAGAGCCAAAUUUCAUUCCCUCUCCUCCUUUGACUUGGGUGAUUCCCCAGAGGAAGGAGCCGAUGAGCUUUCCUGAGUCUGGAAUCGUCCGUCUCACAAUGGAUAUACCUAGUCAACUCAGAAACCUUUCUUAUGGGUGUCAGCAGCAUGAUUCUCUCUCCCUGGGAUUUACAUGUCUCCUUAGAUGGAGAUUGACUUUUAAGUACAAGUCUUUCCUCCUGCCUUUGCAAGACACCGUGUCCUAGCAUCUCCUAUCUAGGCGUCUCCCCCCUUUAUCUGGGUCUCGUCAUCUCCUUCAUCUGUGCUCUGGGAGGAGAUGCUUUCACAAGCAAAACCCCAGCAAACCCCAGAGGUCCAAGUACAUGGGAGGGUGUCUAAUGUGUGUUUACAUGUGGCAGCUUCUUGCUCCCCCUGUACUUUUUUGCAGAGCAACAUAGUUUGUAUCCCUGUGAAUUGUUUUUUUUCCCCAAUGCUGUCUCCUUGAAAACCCAGCUAACUUUCUUCAUGAAAAAGUGAAGCUGGAAUGGCAAGGGAUAUCCAAACAGAGCAGGAGAUCUGGGAGCACAAAGCAGGAAGUCUGGCUAGCAAGCUUCACUGUGUCUGGCUGGGUGAAUUUGAAGAAGUCACUUAAGAACUCUGGGUCUUAUUUUCUCCAUGGGAUUAAGAAGGAUGCCAAAGUUUCUCCAGAUGUUCGAGAUAGGGUAUGACUCGCCAUGGAUGGAUGGAGAGGGUUUCCAGCCUUUGAAGCAUCACCUAUGAGGUUGGUCAUCAUCCUUGUACCCCCUUGAAGCUAGUGCUGGAUGGGGCUGAGGAUAGAGCAGAAUUCUGUGAAUCCAGGGCUCUUGUUGUCAAACAUAACCAGCCGAUGUCUGGGGGAGGCAGGAUGACCUGGGCAAGGUGGGGAACAUGUGCAAACACAGCUGGCUCUGCUCCCUUGACCCAAAGUCCCAGAAAACAUCUUACUAAAUAGAGGAAAUAAAACUUGUUGAAUCUGAUAAA